AUGCGUAAUGUCGACAAUUCUUUUGCAGGUGCGCUUUACAACAAGGAGCCGCAGUUCAGUCCAAUAACACCGUAUCAGACAGAAGACUCGCUACCUCCUCCAGUGAAUGGUGCCCUGGAGCAGCAACCCAGUAUCAAGGGACCAUUUCGAGCGUUCGCAAAACCUGGUCUCCCAAGCGCUGAAAAAAUUCGCAACUACGGUUCAAAGAAACACCAAAAAAAUGACGAAGUGACGGUAACUCAAUCAGACAUGAGGAGUAAAGCGUGGACAGUAGUACCGCCAGGUGCCAAAAUCAUAGGUUAUAAUGUUCAGAUGGUUGCUGGUUAUAUACCAACAACAUAUCUCCAGAAGCGCCCCAAGAAGAAAGAGAAGGAUGACUGGAAAUCGCAAAAAGCCGAAACCAAAGCUACGAAUCAUCAUCAUAACUCGAAUAUGGAUGUGAAGGAAGCCGGUUCAUUUGGCAGCACCCAAAGCAGUGCGUCGCAGGAUGUUUCACCGGAUCAACGUGCAACACAGGCAGACUGGGUAGAUGCACAAGCAGCUGGAGACGAUUUGGAUUUGGACAGUCCAAGACUCAUUGAAAAAAGAGAAAAUUUCACCACGACCGAUGCGAGCACAGUACCGAUGGUCGCUCUUGACGGAGCGCUUUGGCCAGCUGCUGUUGCAGUUGCAGAUUCGAACGAGGAAGAGGAAGAGAACGAGCAAGCGGAUAAAGAAAAGGGCCGGAAUGCAGACUUCGCGGUCAGCAGCACACUGUCGCCACCUGAUACCACAUCGACAGUUUCUGGCAGCACGCAGCCCGAGUUGUACCUGUCAUUUACACAGCGCAGUGUCAACGUGGCGCCAGCAGCUGCUGUCCCUGUCCUUCAGAAUCUCAAGACUGAAGCUCGAGAAGAAAUCCCUACCGCUUUGCUUGCCGCUGCUAAAACGACAGCUAAACCAAAUGCAGCACCCCCGCGAUACAAGACACCAUCGACAAUUGUUAGUAGUAGAAAGCUUGUUGCAGCUCCAGCAAGACGAGCAGACAUGCAUGUGGAGUGGCCAGGUCUCUCCUCAAGCAGCAUUCCUGGACUGCAGACUGGAAACAUCGUUAAGAUGUUUUCAGCGCAGAAAUCAGCGGAGGCAACAAUGAUACCAGGCCCGCAGCAAAAGCCGCACCGACAAAUGAUUUUCCCUCAAGAACCCAUACCGGCGCAGCAUUAUGCAGAGAAGCCCUACACCAACCAACCAAAAAUUUCGACAACAGGGAAUACGCAAAACAUGCUGUCCCUUCAACAGCCGUUCGUAUUUGGGAGUAGUUCUCCAGAAACCACUGUUAAUAUUGGACUAGGCACUAAACUCAACGACUCUGACCAUACGUAUCGAAUUACUGCUGCUGCAGGAACUAUGGUCCCACUUUUGGAGCAACCGGAUGAAUCGAAAUCAACUGCAGAUGCACGAUCACAAGAAACGGCUUUCAAAGCUACCACUUCCGUAAGCCCACACAUCGUUACUCAACCGAUGCUUAUUGUUCCAGCUACGUGGACAACCUCAGCGUUCUACAUGAAUUCGGCAGAAUUUGUUACAAACUAUAAUAAGGCAGCAGAACAUGUGGAGAGGCCACGAAUCGUGAUGCCAAAAACUACUACUCAAGCAAUUACAAUAGAAAAUCAAGAAAUUGAGACUGCGAAGCAAGCACCAAAUGAACACCAACUCAGAGACGACGACAACGACCAGGAUACGUCUGCAGAAGUAGAUACUAGAAAACCCAACCAAAACAGAAAUUCUCGAGUAGAAGAUAAAGAUAACGAGGAUGGAUUUCGUGAGGGAGUCCAUGGGAGGGAAAUGGAGGGAAACAAAAAUAACCGCAAGUGGUCCGGUGUAAAGGGACCAGGAAGAGAAGAACCAGCUGAAAGCGAAGAGAGGAGUGAUGAAAGGAAUCAAGGAAAUGUGGAGGAUGAUGACGAUCGCCGUGAUUUGAUGAUGGAAAAAGAGGAGGACGAAGAAGGCUCUCGAGCGGAAGAAGCCGAAGACAGCGAUGGACAAGAACAAACAGCGGGGGCAUCACCUAUUUUUCCUGAGCAGAUUCCAAGUUUCCAAGAAUGGCUAGCCAGUCUACCAAUCCGGCCUAGCUUCCCAUUCAAUUCCAACCGUGAUGAAGAUGGCAUACGAAGGCAAUCUUUUUCUAAUGGCAUACCCUUAGGACAUUCUGGACGGUUUGGAGAUCAGUUCGGAACAGAUGCAAGAAGAGAAAAGGGGCGAAGGCGGGAGCGGAAUCAGGGACGUCCUAACGAGGAGUUUAAACAGUGGAGACCACUGAGAAGGCACGAAGACGAUUACGAUCAGCACGAUUCCAAAGAACAAAAACAGCGUGAUGUUACUAAUCGGAAGUGA